AUGCAGGACAACAGUAAUGGCCACAACGAGUCGACGCCGCUCAUGGGCGGCCGCUCCAACGGCGCGAGCUACGAGCAAGAGGAGCCAAAAUGGAAAUCGAUUCCCAAGCGUGUGCUGCACUUGACCUGGGCCACAUUGACGAGCAGCUACGUUAACGUCCUCCUUGUCUUCGUGCCCAUUGGCAUCAUCGCUGGCAUAAUGAGCUGGAACCCAACCGCCGUCUUCAUCCUCAACUUCAUCGCCAUCAUCCCGCUCGCCGCGCUCUUGAGCUUUGCGACCGAGGAACUCUCUGCAAAGCUUGGCCAGACGCUGGGUGGAUUGAUGAACGCGACCUUUGGAAAUGCUGUUGAACUUAUCGUCUCGAUUGUUGCGCUCAGGCAAGGCGAAAUCCGCAUUGUGCAGGCCUCCAUGCUGGGUAGCAUUCUCUCCAACAUUCUUCUCGUGCUAGGAUGCUGCUUCCUCUCUGGCGGAAUCCGCGAACAAGAGCGCAGCUUCAACACUACCGUCGCAUCCACCAUGUCCUCUCUCAUGGCCGUCGCCUCCGCAUGCCUUAUCAUCCCCGCGACCCUCUACGCCGUCAUGGCCGAUGGCAAGCCUGCUCAUGACGCCGAGGCGCAAAAGACUGUUUUGUUCCUCUCGCACGGCACCGCCAUCAUCAUGCUUAUCCUCUACAUCCUGUAUCUCUACUUCCAGCUCUACUCGCACCACGCCCUGUUCGCCGAUGUCGAGAACCAGGAGGGUGGAGACGAAUCCGAGGACGGUAACAUUCUCUCGCCUUUCGCUGCUGGUGUCGCCCUGGUCUUCGUGACUAUCUUGGUCGCCGUCUGCGCCGAGUUCCUAGUCGACAGCAUUGACUCUAUUGUCGAAUCCGCGCACAUCAGCAAAACAUUCGUCGGCCUGGUACUCAUACCUAUCGUCGGAAAUGCCGCCGAACACGUUACAGCCGUUAUUGUCGCAUUCAAGGGCAAGAUGGAUCUCGCUAUCAACGUCGCCAUUGGUAGCUCCCUGCAGAUCGCCCUUUUCGUUACGCCUUUCCUUGUUAUUCUCGGCUGGAUCAUCCACGAGCCCAUGACACUGCAGUUCCAGGGCUUCGAGACCAUCAUCUUCUUCAUCUCGGUUCUCAUUGUCAACUACCUCAUCCAGGACGGAAAGAGCAACUACCUCGAGGGCGCAAUGUGUCUUGGAACAUAUGCAAUCAUCGCGCUCGCGUUCUACAUCUACCCUGAUGAGAAGGCUGGUGACAUCACCGCCGAGACCGUCAAGAGGUUCUUCACUGCCCACUAA